CCCGAAAGAGACCUGCAUGCGGAGUCUGCGUCAAGCUUGUACAGACGGUCAGACCUCACACAGACUGACUACCCACUUCCCGGACUUUCUGAGCGACAGUAGCCCGCACAAUGACGAUCUAUAGCUUAUAUAUCUACGAUAGGUGAGUAAAUUGGCUGAUCGGUCACUAGAUCAUGAUGCCCAACCGUCGAGCCAGACAUUGCGCAUGUGUUUACUAUCAGGACUGGCACCGGACCAAGCAGCCAAGGCGAGCUGGAGAAGGAGGAGGCAUCUUAAACGCCGUCUCCCAAGCUGUCUCUCCGCUUGCAACAGACAGUACCGCUCCUACCCCAUCAGCAUUUAGCAGUCCCCGAAAUACGUUGUCAUCGACAUCAGGGUUGGUUGUCGCUGUGGGCGAGGAUCCUGUAACACCUCUACCAAAUCAAGCUGAGCAUGCAAGGUCGAAUACCCUUCCUUUUGAUGAAGAGGCGAAGCUAGUAUAUGGCGUCGUCCUGUCACUCAGGAACAUGGUCAAAAAGAUCUCGGGAAGAGAUGAACAAUUUACCAGCUACCGCACAUCAUCAUACAGGCUUCACUUGUAUGAAACCGUAUCUGGCUACAAAUUCGUUAUGUUAAGCGAUGCGGCUACUGACGGCCUUCGCUUCAUACUUCGUCAAAUCUAUAAUGGUCCUUUCCUCGAAUAUGUUGUCCGCAACCCUCUUGUUCCCAUGGACUCUCGUUCUCAGGGCAUCGACAACGAUUAUUUCCGCGCUAGUAUCGACCGUCUCGUUCGUGGACUGUCAGUUUUCUUUUAAUUACUUGAAAACUCUACCAAUAUCUACAUACCAUACUAUAAUCAAGAUGGUAAA